UUGCAUGUUAUGCAGCCCUGUUGGCAAAACCUGUUAUGGCAACCCGAAAUUCCAUGUUAAAGCGUGGGGCAAUAAAAAUAAACAAAACGGCGGCUCCACUGCAAACAACAAUUGUAAAAGUGGGCCGCCGCCGCCGCCAAGGGAAGAAGCAGCAGCAACAACAGAGACAAAAGCAGAAGCUAAAGCAGCGGCAUCGACAGCAAGACAGGUGAAGUAAAUCCCCUCCAAAUAGAAAGCAAAAAUGUUUAGGAUUAUGCAACAACUGAGCCAAAGGAUGUCCCAUGGAGAGAGCCUAAGCCUGAUGCAAAAACGUUAUCUGGCGCUGGCGGCGCCUGCGCUGAAAACUUUCACUUUGCAGCAGCAGAAACAACAACAACAACCACAUCGCUGGACAGCAACGUCAACCAUAAGUAGCAGACAACAGCAACAGGUGACUACGCCACCGCCUCGACACGAUUGGAAUAGGGCUGUCAGUGAGGCAGAACGCAUAGUUGGAUAUCCUACAUCGUUUCUAAGUCUUCGCUGGCUCCUUAGCGAUGAGAUAGCCAAUGUUGCAUUGCAUUUGCGCAAACUGGUGGGUAGUGCCCAUCCACUGAUGAAGACCGCCAAGCAUCUCCUGUAUAAUGGCAAAAAUACGAUGCAGGCAUGGGGUUUAAUUGUUCUACUCGUGUCAAAGGCAGCAGGACAUGCGGCCAGCAUACCGGAUGUGGAGCAGGAUAAGAGCGCUGGGGUUCUACAUUCCCAACGUGCUUUGGCCGAAGUCACUGAAAUGAUUCGAAUAUCUCAUCUGGUGCAUAAUAGCGUGGUUAAUCUACAGGCCAGCACGGAAGCUGGCCAGGAUGUGGCCACCUAUGAUGACAUGUCGUUUGGCAAUAAAAUUGGCCUGCUCACUGGUGACUACCUAUUGGGUCAUUCUAGUGCCGAGUUGGCCAAUUUGCGUAACCAAGAGGUCGUGGAAUUAAUCUCGUCGGCUGUACGUGACUUUUCCGAAUCCGAAUUCAUUGGCGAACGCGAUGAGCAAAACAAUCCAUUGCCCUAUAAACCGGGCACCUUCCAGCGCCCAUCGUUGAAUGUCGGCGUCGAUUUUAAUGAGCAUGAUGUCAUGACACCCAUGCCAAUUGCCCAGGUUUUGGGCAAUCCCGAACAGGAAUGGGAAUGUAGAAAUAUUUUAAAUGCCGGCAGCCUUCUAGGCAAAUCCUGUCAAGCAUCACUUAAACUGGCUGGCCAGAGUGAAGAACUACAGCGACAUGCAUAUCGCUUUGGCAAGCAUUUGGCCAUGGCUUGGCAGGCUUGCUUAGAUGCCGAGCCCUUCCAGUGUUCCACAUUGCCUUUGGAUGCCACAUUCAGUUUGGUGAGUGCUCCGGUAUUGUUCCAUUUGGAACAUGAUCCCAGCUUGUAUGCCCAACUAGAGAAGGGCAAACAGUCAGUGGAGAAUAUUGACUAUGAUCAGAUUCAUAAGGCUAUACUGGCUGGUCCUGCCCUGGCCAAGACCAAGGAGCUGCAACGUAAGCAUACGGCAGCUGCUCUUGCGGUGCUGCAGCAUUUUCCAGCCACAGAUGCUCGACAGGCAUUGGAGAAUAUCAUACUAGCCAUGCAGGAUCUGUGAUGGUUGUUGAUGGUCGUCAAUUUGCGGGUAAUUGGGUUUUAGCAUAGUAUACAACUUUUUUUUAAGAAUCUUUUUGAAUAUUUAAAUAAAAUAAAAUAAAAUAAGAUUGUUAAAAAAAUUAA